CUUCUUGACUCAGUUGUUGAAUUAUUUUUAAAUUAAUAACAUGUCAUCCGAUUUGACGUAUUGUAACAAAUGGGGAGCUAAAAAAAUUUUAAUUUUAUGAGAUUAUUGAAGCGAUUAAAAACAUUGGAAAUAAUUCACAAAAUUAUACUUUAGUGAAAGAACUAAAAAUUAAUAUAAUUAAAUUUUUAUAAAAAAUUUCUAAGAAAUAAUUGUUUGUCAUAUUGUCGGUACUCAAAUUUAUAAAUGUUAUUUAUCCAAGUGUCGAUGUCAAUCUUACGUAGAAAAAGUAUCACUUUACCUAAAUAUAAAUAGAGAGACUUAUCGCAAUUUUUCCACUCUCAAUUUUGUGUUCUGAAGAAAUUCUUUAACAUGUUCUGCCAAUUUUUAUUCGCUUUGCUGCUCAGUCUUUUCAUUUAUGACCAGGUGAAUCCAGCGCCUGCAAAAGCUCCAAUUUUACCAGAAGUCAAUGGGAUGAUUAAUAAAUCAGUGGCAGGCGCGGCUGCAGCGGUUAAAGAUGCCCAAAUUACAGCGAAGGAGAUAGUUCAGGAUAUUUUCAAUUGGACCAAUCAAGUUGGAUUGUUAACUAAGCAAUUGAUAGAUUUUGCUAUUGAUUCGUCGCAACAAAAUGAAAAUUCCAUGGUCAAUUUUAAUCCUGCUAUUUCUGUUGACGGGAUAAUGGGAUGAUAUUUUUAUAAAUAAAAUAAAAAUUUUGUUUUUAAAAAGUUGUUCAAAAAUAGAUCAAAUAUUUUGUAACUUUACUCAAUAAUAAUAUGAAAUAUUUUA